AUGGAGGAUUCUUCGGCAGGUGACGACCCCAAGACUUGUCCCCGUGGCCACUGGAGACCUGCUGAGGAUGAAAAGCUUAGACAACUUGUUGAACAAUAUGGUGCUCAAAACUGGAAUUCAAUUGCCGAGAAGCUCCAAGGAAGAUCAGGGAAAAGUUGCAGAUUAAGGUGGUUCAAUCAGCUCGACCCAAGAAUCAACAGAAGACCUUUCACAGAAGAGGAAGAAGAGAGAUUACUCGCAGCUCAUCGCAUUCACGGGAAUAAGUGGGCUCUCAUAGCGAGGCUUUUCCCUGGUCGAACUGAUAAUGCUGUGAAGAAUCACUGGCACGUUAUAAUGGCGAGAAAACAAAGGGAACAAUCCAAGUUAUGUGGGAAAAGAAGUUUCCAAGAUGUUUACAACGAUUCCAACACGUUCCUCGAAAAGAGAACACCACAAUCUCAUCAAGACCUAUUGUUUAGUACGAGAUUUGGGUUGGAGAAUGGAAGAUUCUUUGACUUUCGGAGCCUCGAUAGUAACAAGGAUAAUAACAAUAGCAAUAAUAGGAUAGUUGCUGAUAGUACUACUCCCUCUAGUUCUCUGGCGUCUUGGAAUUUUUCCUCUGUGCCAACCACCACAAACGGUUCUACUGUAGUGGAUAGAAAAGGAGGGAGAGACUAUUUCAACAGUUCUUGCUCUUCUAGUGUUUAUCUCUCAGAAUGUUCCAGAAGCUCAGAUAGAUCGUUUCUUUACAGAAUUUAUCCAAAUCCUGCAUUCUCUCUACCCAACUAUAAGAGGGUUGUUCCAACAAGUCCUUUCAGUUUCCUCGGUUCUGAUAAUGAUGGAAGGAUAAAGAGGGACUUGAUGAGUUUCUGCGAUAAUAACUCAUCCACAUUCACCAAGUUGAAGGCUUCCACGGAGAAAGAUCACCAACAACAAAAAAAUGAAGAUGAGACCAGUAUCGAGCCCAAAGAAGUUCCUUUCAUUGAUUUUCUUGGUGUAGGUGUCUCUUCAUAA